GGGGCUAGCUAUGGCUACGGCAUUGCCCCCGGAUGGGUUCAUCUGCGAGAGGUCGUAUACGUAGGAGCGGAGAGGGAGAGGAAAACCUCAUCUUCCCAACAUCCUCUCUUGUCACUGUUGCAACUGACCUUGUAACAACGGUGAAAGUUUUGUGUUUCUUCAGCUGGUGUCUGUGUCUUACACGCAACCACUGAUCGACCCGAGAUAUCACUGCCCUCCCGCUGACACGUCCCUUGUCCUCUGAACCUGACCGUGCCGCGCAAACAUGUCCUCCAUGACCCAUCGGAGAGAACGUAUUCUCCGUUAGCGUUUCCCAGUGUCCGAGUCACACCUCAAACGUGGGCCUCGCAGGCGGAUACAGCGCCAAGACACCAUUAUUCUCGUUGGUAUCCCGCCUUUUGACCCUCACCCAGCCCUUGAUAAUCCCGGAUUUACGCUCCGGAUACAACACGGUCGUUGCUCCUGUCCCCUUCUUAUGAUAAUUAUAAUCCGCCCUUGUGUCUCCCAUUCUUUCUGCUCUUCUCCCUCUCACCGCUGUGUGUCUGGUGAAAUAUUUGGAUGUCGUUGGACUCCCCUCGCUGCUGUGUAAAUUGUCGGUUUCUGGAUAUUGAACAUCACGAACUAUCGAUAUGAUCGAAUCUGAUAAGAUCCAGCCUGCGGGUGCUUCCGUUCAGGGCCAGGGCGACCUCGAGAUUGGUCGCAGCACCCUCCCGCCUUCAUCAGCACAACCAAAUCUUGGUAGCGAAGACCCUAUAUCCUAUCUGUAUCUAACACUCGACACUCCCCUCCCUUCACCACCACCACCACCAUCAUCAUCAGACUCAAAUCCUACGCAAACUCUCCCACCAUGUCCAGACCUUCGACCCUACGCUUCACCCUUCACGUUGCCGCGAGCACGCAAAAACAUCUUCCUCGCGCUCUCGUGCAUCGCGACAAUGCUGACUGCAUACACUGCUGGUACCUACUCCCCUCCCUCAAGAGCAAUGGCUAGAGAUAUCGGGGCCAGUCAUACAGCUACACUCGCCGGAAUCACGACUUUCUGUGCUGGUUUCGCUAUUGCGCCCAUGGCACUCGCCCCCAUUUCUGAGAUCUGGGGUAGACGUCCUGUUUUUAUCCUCGCUGGUUUUGUAUUCGUCAUCUCCCAAGCUGUCUGUUCUGUUAUGCCCAAUUUGGCUGGCAUGUUGAUCGCCCGCUUCUUCGUUGGUGUCGGCGGUUCCGUCUUUAGUUCCGUCGUGGGCGGUGUCAUUGCUGAUCUGUGGGAGAAGGAGGAGAGGAAUACCCCGAUGGCUCUCUUCAGUGGCUUUGUACUGUUUGGAACAGGUCUUGGACCUUUGGUGUCUGCUGCUUUCGUCAACGACCUUGAAGACGAUACAAUGGCUUGGAAGUGGUCUUUCUGGCAUCAAGUUAUUCUCGAUGGACUGUUGCUGGUUGCCAUCUUGAUCUUGUUUAAAGAAACGCGAGGCUCGGUCUUGUUGUCGCGCAAAGCUAAGAAGUUGAAUCAGUGGUAUCAACAACUCGAGGAUGCAGGUGUCUACGGACUUUGGGUGGUCGACCCUCGGGAAGAUUCCUGCAGCUCGUCAUCUUCAAGCGUCAAGACCAUGCCAGGGCACGAAACGAUGCUCGAGUACAACAGACCAACACAACUACGAAGAAUACGAUGGCUCGUUGAAGCAGACGAACAACGACCCCCUCUUCGACAAAUGAUGGCCACCUCCAUCAUGCGACCCUUUCACCUCUUGUUCACCGAACCAGUUGUCUUUUUCUUUUCCCUCUGGGCUGCCUUCUCUUGGGCCGUCCUCUAUCUGUCCUUCUCCAUCGUACCCUAUCUCUACUCUGACAACUUCAACAUGUCGAUGCGCAUCUAUGUUGCGAUGAUGGCAUCUGCUAUUAUCGCGACCGUGGUCGGCGUUCUUCAAGAGAAUCUGAUGAAGCAUCCUCUCUGGAGCGGACACGUUGACGAGAAGGAGGUUUCCCGUUUCUGGCGAUUCAUGAGGAAGCAUUUCCCUGCUGAUUCCCCCGAGGCACGACUGUACUUUUCCUGUCUCACUGCCCUCUUACUCCCUGCUGGCUUAUUCGUCGCCUUCUUAAGUCCCAUUAGCACGAGUCACUAUACACAAGCUAUUGGUAUUGGCUUCGCAAAUUGGGGCAUUUACUCUGUCUACCUUGCUACGUUCAACUACCUUGCUGAUACAUAUCACAUGUACGCCUCUUCAGCCCUUGCCGCACAAAGUUUCUGUCGCAAUGUGCUUGGUGGCAUAUUCCCUGUGUUGACGGGCAUCAUAUUUGACAAUCUCGGUUUGAGAAACGCUGGUUGUGUGCUGGGUGGUAUUGCUUCAGUUCUGACACUUAUUCCAUGGGUUCUGGUGUUUUUUGGAGGCAAAAUUAGGGCCAGAAGCAAGUUUGCGAUCUCUCUACAAAAGCAGUAAGGAUAUUUGUCCAUGAAAAGGCGGAGUCUAGUUAGAGUUCUUUUGUUUCUCUAGAUAGCACGAAGAGCCGUGCUUGUAUGACCUAAUGAAUCUAAACGGCCUAUCAUAAUCAUUGUUGAAUAUAUCGUACACAUAAUCUGUUCUCCAA